UAGGAACUCGAGUUGCUCAUUUACGGCGGAGCGUCCGCGAGCCUCCGAGGCUGGAGGAACGGAAGUGGCCGUUCGCAGCUCCUACGAAGUUGGACAGAGGAAAACAGUUCUAGAGAUGGAUGGUGGAGGCUGGAUGUACAUUAAUGCCACUGAGAUGCACACUUAAAGGACUUAGGCCCUGCGACCUCUACCUGAGCUUUCUCAGCCAGCGGACGUCCAGCCGGCAGAAAUGCAAAUGGCCAGUACUCGUAUGGAAAAAUGUUCAAAUUGACGGCCUAGUAACAAGGAAACAUAUCCGGAGCCAACCCUGAAAUACUACUUUCACAGAACCGAUGGCAGAGGGUUGGCUCCAGGCCUGGGGUGAGGGCUGCUCCCUGCCACACAUCGUCAACCUUGCAGAGUCUGGCAAGCACCCACUCUGCUCCAGCAAGGGGAAGCCUCCGAAAAACGUUCAAGACACGGGCCCUACCUUCCAGGGGCUCCCCCAGGGGGCCGAGCAUGGUGGUUUUCCCUUGGAACCUCCUGGCUUGGGACGUCUGAGAAGAUGCCUGCCAUGAGGCUGUUCACUUGCUUCCUGCAGCUCCUGGCUGGGCUGGCACUGCCCGCUGUGCCCCCCCAGCAGUGGGCCUUGUCUGCUGGGAAUGGCUCAUCAGAGGUGGAAGUGGUGCCCUUCCAGGAAGUGUGGGGCCGCAGCUACUGCCGGGCGCUAGAGAGGCUGGUGGACAUCGUGUCGGAGUACCCCAGUGAGGUGCAGCACAUGUUCAGCCCCUCCUGCAUCUCCCUGCUGCGCUGCACCGGCUGCUGUGGUGAUGAGAACCUGCACUGCGUCCCCGUAGAGACGGUCAAUGUCACCAUGCAGCUCCUGAAGAUCCACUCUGAGGACCGGCCCUCCUACGUGGAGCUGACAUUCUCUCAGCACGUCCGUUGCGAGUGCAGGCCUCUGCGGGAGAAGAUGAAGCCAGAAAGGAGGAGACCCAAGGGCAGGGGGAAGAGGAAGAGAGAGAAGCAGAGACCCAGAGACUGCCACCUAGGGAAAGGUUGAGAAACCAUGCUCCCAGAAAGAAGUAAAUGGGACUAGAUGUCAUACAAUCAUUUGACUCCUUCCGAGUUAUUUGCCAAAAGCCUCAAGGUGAUCUGCUAACAAAAAUUACUUCUCUUGGCUUAUUAGCUGACAGUUCGGUUAAAUUGUUCAAUUUUGUUGAAAGCGAAGACUUGGAAACCACUUGACUUGCGAAAGACUUGGUUACCUGGUCAUUGGCCAUAUCUCCUUUUUCAGCACCUACAUGGAUAUCUCAGGUUGUCCUUUAGGUCACUGUCCCCACCCCACUGGUUUUAUCCUGGGGCAAAGCACUGAGCUGGAUUUGGAAAGGACAAGAUGCUUCUUUCCUUCCUAAAGGGAGCGGGGCAGUUGUGACCAAGGUGGUGGGGGAAACAGACCUCAGGCAAUUUCUCAUGCAGUCUUCAGGCAGAGGACAUGUGGAGGCUGAAAACUGAUUCUCUUAACACCAUCAGUACUCACAUACCCCUUGGACAAUCUUCAUGCACAUCUAGGGUUGCCCGUACCCCUGUUAGAAGGCUGUGGUCCUAGAGUAACCGGAGGCAUUAUUGCAUGAAGCCAGGCUGGGUUCAAAGUUGGCUCUGUCACUGACUAGCUGUGUGACCUCGGGCAAGUUUCUUAACCUUUCUGAGCCUUAGUUGUUUUUUGUUUUUGUUUUGUCUUCUAAAGGGUAAUGAUAGCAGGGCCUUCCUCAUGGGAUGUUGUUAAAGGGCAAUGAAAGAGGGCUUAGCACAGGGCCGGGCACGUGGGUAAGUGCUUGGUGAAGGGUGACUCCUAGCUUCUUGGCCUCGGUGCAAGCAGAGACCCAGGAGUGCUGCAAUCUCCCUGUGCUCCCUGUCCAAGCAUUCCCUCCAGGCCUGUCCCCCCUCCCAUAGGAGGGACCCUGCCCUCACAGGGUGCUGAUACCCCCUUUCUGUGUUUGGUCU